AGCCCAACUUGUAUUGUUUCAACGAAGGACUUCAUCUGAAUCAUCCUCACCAGCCGUGCCAACAUGUCCUCAGAACAGAACAUGGCUGCCGAGCUCGAGGGCACUGACGUCGCGAACCUCUAUGGCUCUAUAGACAAGAUGAAUGUACACGGGCUGAACCUGACGGUGCCGGAGGACGCGCAAGCGGUGAUCAAGCCGUGGGACGAGCGCAAUGAUACGUCCAAGUCGGCAGAGAGUGGGGUUGAUGACCAGAUCAUCAUCCACGUCCCGUUCGCGCAGAACGUCCGCGUGCGCUCCGUGCUCCUCAAAGUCGGGAGGGGCGAGCUUACUCCACGCCACUUGCGGAUAUAUGCGAACCAUACGACGAUCGUCGACUUUGCCGAGGCAGAGGAGCUGUCGCCCGAGCUCAACAUCAGCCUACUAGAGGGCGAGGUGGGCGUCACCGAGUAUCCCUUGCGUAGCGCCGCUUUUGCGAGCAUCCACUCGCUGUCGCUCUUCUUCAGCGAGUCGGUGGGCGGCGAUGCGUUGACGAUAUACUAUAUCGGCUUCCGGGGAGACAGCCGCUCCCAGCGGCGAGACGCAACGCAGAAGAUCGAGAUUCCUGCGGCAAACGCAGCGGAUGCGACGCUUACGGAUCGGCUGUCGCAGAAGGCGGCUGUGCAGCAGCCGACUGCGAGAUAGAGCAUGCGUGAGGUAUGCAUUAGAAUGGCUGUGUAUAAUCGCAUUUGUGUUAUUUUCGCUAUGCUUGUGCUGUUUGAUCAUCUUGAUGUUAUGGCGGGGUGAUUCUACCAUCAAGCACGGUGUCGGAUGCAGCUCUACGAAGUUCCUGAAUGCUAACUCCGCGGGGCAUACGUAGAUCAAGCUGCAGGAGGAAAAGGAG